CGCGCUGCAGCUUCAGGCGCGGCGGUAAGUCGGGGUUUCCAAAUUGUCCGCUUUUCUACCUGAUACCGGCGAGGAGGCGAGCCCUCUCUUCUCCCACCAUCGGAGUAGCGCGUCAUUUGGAGGACGUCGGGGAUGGAGAUUGCGAACCUCCCCAUCUCGCCCUCGCAGCGUGCGAAGCUCCUCUCCGCCGGAUACACCACUCUCACUUCCCUUUCUGCCGUCUCCCCUUUCCAACUCGCCCGAGAUUUGAAUAUUGCACUUCAGGAAGCAUCAGAUAUUUUGAAGGUUAUGCCAGAGUUUACUAGAUCUGAAAGUCUGCAUGGUGGAAAUGCAAUUCUAAAGGGAGCCCAAACUGCUUGGGAUAUGCUCUCAGAGGAGCAGAUGCAGAAACACAUCACUACAGGCUGUGAAAAUCUUGACACGAUACUUGGUGGUGGGAUACAUUGCAAAGAAGUUACUGAAGUUGGUGGAGUUCCAGGGAUUGGCAAAACACAGCUGGGGAUUCAGCUUGCAGUAAAUGUCCAAAUUCCAGUUGAAUAUGGUGGUCUCCAUGGGAAAGCAGUCUAUAUAGAUACAGAAGGCAGUUUCAUGGUUGAACGUGCUCAUCAAAUUGCUGAGGGUUGCAUCAUGGACAUGCUUGAUAAGUUUCGACACCACCAAAAGGUUAUUUUAGCUUGCCAGGAGCAAAUGCAGCCGAACAGUUUUCUAGCUAAUAUCUUCUACUUCCGCAUCUGCAGCUAUACUGAGCAAAUUGCAGUGAUAAACUACCUAGGGAAAUUUCUUGCAGAGCAGAAAGAUGUGAAGAUAAUUAUAAUUGAUAGCGUCACUUUUCACUUUCGCCAAGAUUUUGAUGAUUUGGCCCGAAGGACUAGAGUUCUAUCUGGAAUGUCGUUGGAAUUAAUGAAACUCGCCAAAACGUAUAAUUUAGCUGUGGUUCUUUUGAACCAAGUUACCACUAAGUUUACAGAAGGCUCAUUUCAGUUAACUCUUGCCCUUGGUGAUAGCUGGUCUCAUGCAUGCACGAAUCGAGUAAUUUUGUACUGGAACGGGAAUGAUCGGCAUGCAUAUAUCGAUAAGUCGCCAUCUCUUCGAUCAGCCUCUGCACCUUUCUCAGUAACAAGCAAAGGGAUACGUAAUGCCACUUCACAAUGCAAACGUGUCAGAAUGAUGUAAAUAGCAUCAAGUAUGUUCUGAAAAAAAAAAACAAAAGAAACUUGACUAUGUUUUUGGUUACAAAGGGCCCAUGCGCCUCCUAAAAACUCUUGUUUAGUGAGAACAGUUCUACAAUCUUUUUGUUGUUCCUUUUAUCUCCACCAUAAGAAUCCCUAGCCGGAAAAUCAAAAGAAAAACAGAAAAAUGAUAUUGACCAUUUUAUACUACCA